GGGCUCUGGGGGGCGGCAGUGAGCCCGGGGCACGGCCCGAAGCGGGCAGGGCAGGGCAGGGCAGGGCGCGGCCCUCCGCCUCGGGAGGAGGGGAAGGUGCCGCUACCUGCCCACGGCGGGACGGGCCGCCCUCCCGGUAUUUAGGGGAGAGUUGCCGCCCGAGGCGGGUGGAGGCGGUGCGAUGAAGGGCGACGACGGUAUCGAGAACCCGGCGUUCGAGCCCCCUACCCCCGACUUCGGCGGUCGGCGCCGUGCGAGCCCCGCCGGGGCAGGUGCCGAUGCUCCGCCGGUGGAGGAGGCUGAGGAGGGGCCCUGCGGCUGGGGCCGCUGCACCCCUAAGGCUCUGCAGUUCUGCAACACCCCGGAGGGCUACCUGGUUGCUUACAGCCUGCUGGCCAUCCUCCAAGGCGUUGUGGUAAAUGGCCUGAUUAACAUCAGUAUCACAACAAUUGAGAAGCGCUACGAGUUGAACAGCUCCCUUACUGGCUUGAUAUCUGCAAGCUAUGACAUUGCUUUUUGUGUAUUGUCACUGUUUGUAUCUUUCUUUGGAGAAAGAGGGCACAAACCACGAUGGCUGGCUUUCUCAGCUUUUAUGCUAGGAUUGGGCUCACUUGUAUUUUCCUUACCGCACUUCAGUAGUGGAAAAUAUCACUAUGGAGCUAAACUUGAAGAUACAUGUCAGAUUUCAGGAACAAGCUCUGCUAAUUUCACUUGCAGUGCCAGCACAAAGUCUUCACUUUCCAAUUAUCUCUAUGUCUUUAUACUGGGACAGCUGCUGCUGGGAGUUGGAGGAACUCCUCUCUAUACUUUGGGGACAGCUUUUAUUGAUGAUAGUGUUCCAAAGCACAAAUCUUCCCUUUAUAUAGGAAUUGGGUAUGCCAUGUCAUUGCUUGGGCCUGCUAUUGGCUAUGUCUUAGGAGGACAGCUACUUAAUAUUUAUAUUGAUAUCAAGAUCCCAGAAAGUACACAGAUGGACCAAGAAGACCCGCGCUGGCUUGGAGCAUGGUGGAUAGGAUUCCUUGUAUGCUUUUUUGCAAUUUGGUUUCUGAUAAUACCAUUUUCAUGCUUUCCGAAAUACUUGCCGGGAACAGCAAAAAUACAGGCAGAAAAAAUCUCUGAAACCCAUAAUGAUGGAAGUGAGGCACUUGUUGAAACAAAGAAUAUUGGAAAAAACUUUAAAGACUUUCCUAUUGCUCUCCUGAUUUUGUUGAAGAAUCCUGUGCUUAUGAGCCUAAUAUUAGCCAGUACCUCAGAAGCUUUAGUUGCCACUGGCUUUGCCACAUUCCUACCAAAGUUUAUAGAAAAUCAGUUUGGAAUGACAUCAAGUUUUUCAGCAACUCUUGGAGGGCUUGUAUUAGUUCCAGCAGCAGCACUAGGCCAAGUAAUAAGUGGCAUCUUGGUAUCCAAGUACAAAAUGGAUUGCAAAAACAUAAUCAAGUUCAUUUUAGGCACUUGUUCAGUUGCCUUUCUGUUAAACACAGUCUUUUUAGUUGCUAAAUGUGGGAAUGAACCUUUUGCUGGUGUUACCGAAACAUAUAAUGGAACAGGCACGCUACAUAACUUAACAGCACCAUGCAAUGCUAACUGCAGAUGCUCCGCUUCCAGAUACUAUCCUGUUUGUGGCAGAGAUGAAGUCCAGUACUUUUCUCCGUGUUUUGCAGGAUGUGCAUCGUCUAAUCUUAGUAACAAGAAAAAGACUUACUACAACUGUUCCUGUAUUGGGAAGCUGAAGAGAGAAAACGUUUCGGAAGACUUUCUCCUUGAAGCUAUACCUGGGAAAUGUUCAACAAGAUGCAAAUAUUUACCUUUAUUUCUGAUCUAUUUCUUUUUUGGUGUUGUUUUUACUUUUAUGGCUGUUACUCCAUCUACUGUGGCCGUUCUCAGAUGUGUGCCAGAUAAGCAGCGCUCAUUUGCUCUUGGUGUGCAGUCAGUGUUUCUACGACUACUAGGUACUGUUCCUGGACCAAUUUUGUUUGGCUUUGCAAUAGAUAAGAGUUGUUCUCUGUGGGAUGUUGAUGAAUGUAAAACUAAAGGAGCCUGCUGGGUUUAUGACAAUGAAAAAAUGGCUUAUCUUUUGAUGAGCAUAAGUGCUGCUUGCAAAAUCAUCACAAUCAUCUUUGUGGUCAUGGCAGUGUUUUUGUAUAAGCCUCCACAACCAAGACCAGUUCUUCCACAAAAGGAUUCAGAAAUGGUAUCUGCUAUACAUGCGUAAAUUGUGAGCAAAUCAGUGACUUUCAAAACAAAUUAAGAAUAAGCUCCACUGUGUACACUUGAAAAAAGACCUUUAAAUUUCUAGUCUCAUUUAUAACUUGAAUGAAAUGUGGUAGAAUAUUCCAAUCUUUGUUAUCCCCCAGGCCCUCACCUUGUCUCCCUCCCUCUCACCCUCCCAACCAAAAAAAAAGAAAAAAGGCAAAAGAUAACCUGAACUGGAUUGGCUGACUUGAGCCACGUAUGUGGAACCUGGUUCAUUGAAGGGAACUGUCACUGUUUAAAAUGGGGAUUAUUUUAAUGUGCACUCUUUCUGAACUAGUAUGUUUGAUAUGAGUUUUGAUUGUAGAUAUGCCAGGGUAUGUGCAAAUAUGGACAUGUUUUAAAUUGUUUUACAUGUUACCUUAAUGGUGUGUACACUCACUUCUUAGUAUUUGUAGAAAACUGUAAAUUGUUAUAGGUAGCUGCAUUUGUGACAGCAAAAUGUUAUUUAAGUGCCUUAUUUCCUUUUUGAUAUCUGUACAGAAAGAUGCUGUUAAGCUCCUUUCUUUAGGCGUAGUUAACAUUUUUUUCUAUAAAACUUUGAAAAUAAAAUCUAUUUUCUUACAAAUUCUCUGUAUGCAUGUUAUUUCUAUGUGACUGAGUCCUAGACUUCUCAACUCAAAGAAAUGCUGAAAAAUGGCAGAAAAUAGGUAUGCAAGUAGCAAAAGUAGAAAAAUGUAUCUUCAGUUAUUCCUCUUCAUUUACUCACUAUGCACUAUUAAAACUGUUCUGCUUAGUGCACCAGAUGUGACUUAGCCACUGGUAUAAAAUAUUAAAUUUCAUUGCCCACUACUGAAAUUAUUCAAUAUUGGCUGGAAUUUUUCAAUGAACAAGUUAUUCUGUGUGCUUAUUUUAGUUAAUAUAAACCAACUUUCUUUUGUGCUGAUGAUUCAUGCCAGUUUUAUGUAGCUAUGUAUACCUGUUUUCUCUGGUUACAUGGACUCACUGAGUCUACUAAAAACUUCAAAGAAGCACUACAGCAAAGUAGUAUUUAAUCAGAGUAUCUAAAUGCAGCUUUUGAAGCAGGCAGAUGGUAAAUAACUCAAGAAGACAUUAUAGAUUCUUUCCUUUUUUUUUUUUUUUCUGAGCUAGAACUGUUCAGAAGAGUGGAACUAAAAACACCACAGUAGAAUGCAGAACCUUAAAGCACAAGGCUGCACGUUUUUUCAGACAGAGGACUAAAGCAGUAGAAUACAUCUAAAUUUACUCUUUCUCUAGUUGACAGUCUCCUGGUAACAGAGGUGCUUCAUAAAUGAGCUUAUAGAGCUGGUUAACUUCCCUUGAAAUGUCUAAAUACUGGUCUUCUCUAAGUCUAGAAAUAACAGCCUAAAACUUAGAGUUUGGUUUCUGGCUCUGAGUUGCUUUGUGUAGGGUGUAGCAAAUCACAUAAUUGUUUUAGAGGUGUGUGUUACGGUGACUAAAUUGGCAAAGUUGCUUCUCUCAGUUUGACUUAAGGUGUGAGAUCAUUGUUUAGUUUCUAUUGCUUAACAUGAUUGAACAUAUUACAAAAUUGUGGAGCAGAGAAACAGGAUAUUCCUCCUCUUCUGAGGAAGUUAUUAGAACUUGUAGUUGCUAUUGGAGUGGCUAUUUGGGUGGAGAAGGAAGGAAGUAUUGCCAUGGUGUAAAAUUACAGUUAAAUUAAAAAUGGAGGCUGUUGCAACUUUUGACUUGCUAAAGAUUGCAUUCACUAAUUUAGGAGGAGCAUGAGAAUGACCAGAAAGGAACCAAAUAUUUAGAACUGGGGAGGCUUACUUAUUUACUUUGUAUUAUAGCAAUAUUCAUUCUGCAAACAGAAAAUGGUGUGUCAAAGGUUCUACUAAGCUGAGACAAACAUCACAGACAAGCUGACAAAGUAUAGCUUAGUUAGCUGAAGGUGGAUUAAAAACUGCCCAAACAUCUGAGCCUUGCAGAUUGAAAGUCCAGUUGGAGUCAAGCCCCUAGUGGUCUACCCUGGCGCCAGUCCAGUUCAAGUUAAUGACCCGUAUGAUGGAUUUUAAGUAUACACUCAACAAAAUCACAACCAAAAACCUGGGAUGGGUGGUUAAUGGAUCACCAAAGAUGGACAGUGAGAAAGUAGUGAAAUGGAUGGAGUUUCAUGAAGUUCAGCAAGAGAGAAGACACCGAGUGGGAAUAUGCAGCCAGAUGGAAAGCAGUGAAGGAUGCUGGUUUUAUGAUGAACAAGCUGACUGUGACACAGCAUAGCUCAUUCUGCAAAAAUGCCACUGGGAUCCUUGGCUACAUUAAGUACAACACUGCUAGCAGUUUGAACUCUACAUAACAGACAGCUGUAGUGCUGUCUGGUUCUGAUGUUUUCAAUACAGGAGAUUUGCUGAUGUACUAAAAGGAAGGAGGCAAGGUUAUAAAGAUGUCUGAGAUGGAAUAACUUUCAAACAGAUUGAAAGAGAGCUCGGAAUGUUCCCAUCAUCAUGGAGAAAACGCUUAGAAAUAUGCAUAAAUAUCUUAUGGCAGGGAAUGAAAAGGAGCAAGCCAAACUCUUUUCAGUAGUGCCCAGCUGAGUAGACAAGAAGAAAUGAUCACAAACUGAAACAUUAAAUUCUACUUGUGUUUUUUAAUUAUUAUUUUAAACUCUGAGGGUCUUCAAACAUUAGAACAGGGUAUAGAAUCUCCAUUCUUGGAAAUGUUUAAAAACUGGACUGGGUCCUGUGCAGGGUUGUUGGGCUAGGUAAUGGCAAGAGGUUGGUUCCAAACUAAACAGGUCUAUGAUUCUAUGAAAUACUUGUCAUGGUGGCUCUUGUUCCCCAUUCUAUGUGAUGUGUAACUUCUGUAUGGAUUCUUGCAAAGGAAAACCUUCCUGUUAUCACAAUGUCCUUUUUUUUUUUUUUUUUUUAAUGCAUAUGUAUCAGCUUGUACAUUACAUUAAGCUGUGUUUAGCAGCUAAUACAGUGUGCAUGUCUCACUUGGUGAUACCAGUUCUGUUAAUGCUAACAGUGUAAUCUUGGUAAACAAAACAUUUCUAACAGCAAUUGACAACCUUUUGUGAUUUGUGUGUGCUUUCUGAAAUACUGUUUAGAGUGUGGUUGGAGCAAACUCAAGUGUUAGCUAAAAUAAAG